AUGACCGGGCCUGAGUACGGGAGAAGCAGGCGUGUGGACAGCAGAGAGAAGGGGACCCACCGCUACCUUCAGAUGGACGGGGGUUCCCUGCAGGAGGAAGUCCUGACCACACUAAACUGCCUUCUUUCUCUCUCAGGCCAGAACUGCACGUACCAACUGCGGGGGCCCAAUGGGACAGUCGAGAGCCCAGGGUUCCCUUAUGGCUACCCCAAUUACGCCAACUGCACAUGGACCAUCACCGCAGAAGACCAGCACAGGAUCCAGCUCGUGUUCCAGGCCUUUGCCCUGGAAGAGGAUUUUGAUGUCCUGUCGGUGUUCGAUGGCCCGCCCCAGCCAGAGAAUCUGCGAACCAGGCUCACUGGCUUUCAGCUGCCAGCCACCAUCGUCAGUGCGGCCACCGUCCUCUCCCUGCGCCUCAUCAGUGACUACGCGGUCAGUGCCCAGGGUUUCCGCGCCAGCUACGAAGUUCUCCCCAGCCACACGUGCGGGAACCCAGGGAGGCUGCCCAACGGCGUCCAGCAGGGCUCUACCUUCAACCUCGGCGACAAGGUCCGCUACAGCUGCAACCCCGGCUUCUUCCUGGAGGGCCACGCCGUGCUCACCUGCCACGCUGGCUCCGAGAACAGUGCCACGUGGGACUUCCCCCUGCCCUCCUGCAGAGCGGACGACGCCUGUGGUGGGACCCUGCGGGGCCAGAGCGGCAUCAUCUCCAGCCCCCACUUCCCCUCGGAGUACCACAACAACGCGGACUGCACGUGGACCGUCCUGGCCGAGCUGGGGGACACCAUCGCGCUGGUCUUCAAUGACUUCCAGCUGGAGGACGGGUACGACUUCCUGGAAGUCACGGGGACCGAAGGCUCCUCUCUCUGGUUCACCGGGGCCAGCCUCCCAGCCCCUGUCAUCAGCAGCAAGAACUGGCUGCGGCUGCCCUUCACGCCCCCUGUCAUCAGCAGCAAGAACUGGCUGCGGCUGCACUUCACGUCGGACGGCAACCACCGGCAGCGUGGUUUCAGCGCCCAGUACCAAGUCAAGAAGCAGAUCGAGCUGAAGUCUCGUGGUGUGAAGCUGAUGCCCAGCAAGGACAGCAGCCAGAAGACGUCUGUGUUAACUCAGGUUGGUGUGUCCCAAGGACAUAAUAUGUGUCCAGAUCCUGGCAUACCCGAAAGGGGCAAAAGACUAGGCUCGGAUUUCAGGUUGGGAUCCAGCGUCCAGUUCACCUGCAACGAGGGCUAUGACCUGCAAGGAUCCAAGCGCAUCACCUGUAUGAAAGUGAGCGACAUGUUUGCGGCCUGGAGCGACCACAGGCCAGUCUGCCGAGCCCGCAUGUGCGAUGCCCACCUUCGUGGCCCCUCGGGCAUCAUCACCUCCCCCAAUUUCCCCAUUCAGUAUGACAACAACGCGCACUGUGUGUGGAUCAUCACAGCCCUCAACCCUGCCAAGGUGAUCAAGCUCGCCUUUGAGGAGUUUGAUUUGGAGAGGGGCUACGACACCCUGACAGUGGGCGACGGUGGGCAGGAUGGAGACCAGAAGACGGUUCUCUACGUCCUGACGGGUACAUCGGUCCCAGACCUCAUCGUCAGCACCAACCAUCAGAUGUGGCUCCUCUUCCAGACCGAUGGCAGUGGCAGCUCCCUGGGAUUUAAGGCUUCCUAUGAAGAGAUCGAGCAGGGCAGCUGCGGAGACCCAGGCGUGCCUGCCUACGGCCGGAGGGAAGGCUCCCGGUUUCGCCACGGUGAUACACUCAAGUUUGAGUGCCAGCCCGCCUUCGAGCUGGUGGGGCAGAAGGCGAUCACGUGCCAGAAGAGUAACCAGUGGUCGGCCAAGAAGCCGGGCUGUGUGUUUUCCUGCUUCUUCAACUUCACCAGCCCCUCCGGGGUCGUCCUGUCUCCCAACUACCCAGACGACUACGGCAACCACCUCCACUGCGUCUGGCUCAUCCUGGCCAGGCCCGAGAGCCGCAUCCACCUGGCCUUCAAUGACAUCGACGUGGAGCCUCAGUUUGAUUUCCUGGUCAUCAAGGACGGGGCCACCGCUGAGGCCCCAGUUCUAGGCACCUUCUCGGGAAGCCAGCUGCCCUCGUCCAUCACGAGCAGUGGCCACGUGGCCCGUCUCGAGUUCCAGACUGACCACUCCACGGGCAAGAGGGGCUUCAACAUCACCUUUACCACCUUCCGACACAACGAGUGCCCGGACCCCGGCGUCCCGGUGAACGGCAAGCGGUUUGGUGACAGCCUGCAGCUGGGCAGCUCCAUCUCCUUCCUGUGUGACGAGGGCUUCCUCGGGACGCAGGGCUCGGAGACCAUCACGUGCAUCCUGAAGGAGGGCAGCGUGGUCUGGAACAGCGCCGUGCUGCGGUGUGAAGCUCCCUGUGGUGGCCAUCUGACUGCGCCCAGUGGCACCAUCCUCUCUCCAGGCUGGCCCGGCUUCUACAAGGACGCCUUGAGCUGUGCUUGGGUGAUCGAAGCCCAGCCGGGCUACCCCAUCAAAAUCACCUUCGACAGAUUUAAGACUGAAGUCAACUAUGACACCCUGGAAGUGCGGGACGGACGGGCACACUCAGCACCCCUGAUCGGGGCUUACCAUGGGACCCAGGUGCCCCAGUUCCUCAUCAGCACCAGCAACUACCUCUACCUCCUCUUCUCGACUGACAAGAGCCACUCGGACAUCGGCUUCCAGCUCCGCUACGAGACUAUAACUCUGCAGUCAGACCACUGUCUGGACCCAGGGAUCCCCGUAAACGGGCAGCGCCAUGGGAAUGACUUCUACGUGGGUGCUCUGGUGACCUUCAGCUGUGACUCGGGCUACACGCUGAGUGACGGGGAGCCCCUGGAGUGUGAGCCCAACUUCCAGUGGAGCCGGGCCCUGCCCAGCUGUGAAGCUCUCUGUGGUGGCUUCAUUCAAGGCUCCAGUGGAACCAUCUUGUCACCAGGGUUCCCUGACUUCUACCCCAACAACUUGAACUGCACCUGGAUUAUCGAGACCUCACAUGGCAAAGGCGUGUUCUUCACGUUCCACACCUUCCACCUGGAGAGCGGCCACGCAUACCUGCUCAUCACCGAGAACGGCCGCUUCGCCCAGCCCCUGAGGCGGCUGACUGGCUCCCGGCUGCCAGCCCCCAUCAGCGCGGGGCUUUACGGCAACUUCACUGCCCAGGUCCGCUUCAUUUCCGACUUCUCCAUGUCCUACGAGGGGUUCAACAUCACCUUCUCAGAGUACGACUUGGAGCCCUGCGAGGAGCCCGAGGUCCCGGCCUACAGCAUCCGGAAGGGCUUGCAGUUUGGCGUGGGCGACACCUUGACCUUCUCCUGCUUCCCCGGGUACCGUCUGGAGGGCGCCGCCCGCGUCACGUGCCUGGGGGGCAGACGGCGUCUGUGGAGCUCGCCUCUGCCAAGGUGUGUGGCUGAGUGUGGGAACUCAGUCACGGGCACUCAGGGUACUUUGCUGUCCCCCAACUUUCCUGUGAACUACAAUAACAACCACGAAUGCAUCUACUCCAUCCAGACCCAGCCGGGAAAGGGCAUUCAGCUUAAAGCCCUGGUGUUCGAGCUCUCUGAAGGGGAUGUCCUCAAGGUCUACGAUGGCAACAACAACUCUGCCCGGCUGCUGGGCGUAUUCAGCCGCUCCGAGAUGGUGGGGCUGACUCUGAACAGCACAUCCAGCAGUCUGUGGCUCGAUUUCAUCACUGAUGCUGAAAACACCAGCAAAGGCUUUGAACUGCAGUUUUCCAGUUUUGAGCUCAUCAAAUGUGAAGACCCAGGAACCCCUCAGUUUGGCUACAAGGUUCACGAUGGGGGUCACUUUGCAGGGAGCUCUGUGUCCUUCAGCUGUGACCCUGGGUACAGCCUGCGAGGCAGUGAAGAACUGCAGUGCCUGAGUGGCGAGCGCAGGACCUGGGACCGGCCGCUGCCCACCUGUGUCGCUGAGUGUGGAGGGACAGUGAAAGGAGAGGUGUCGGGGCAGGUGCUGUCACCCGGGUAUCCUGCUCCCUACGAACACAAUCUCAACUGCAUCUGGACCAUCGAAGCAGAUGCCGGCUGCACCAUCGGGCUGCACUUCCUGGUGUUCGACACGGAGGAGGUGCAUGACGUGCUGCGCAUCUGGGACGGGCCCGUGGAGAGUGGGGUUCUGCUGCAGGAGCUGAGUGGCCCAGCCCUGCCCAAGGACCUGCACAGCACCUUCAACUCGGUCGUCCUGCAGUUCAGCACCGACUUCUUCACCAGCAAGCAGGGCUUUGCCAUCCAGUUCUCAGUGUCCACGGCGACGUCCUGCAAUGACCCUGGGGUCCCGCAGAAUGGGAGCCGGAGCGGCGACAGUUGGGAAGCCGGCGACUCCACGGUGUUCCAGUGUGACCCUGGCUAUGCCCUGCAGGGCAGCGCAGAGAUCAGCUGUGUGAAGAUCGAGAACAGGUUCUUCUGGCAGCCCAGCCCGCCCACGUGCAUCGCUCCCUGCGGGGGCGACCUGACCGGGCCAUCGGGAGUCAUCCUGUCCCCAAACUACCCAGAGCCCUACCCUCCGGGCAAGGAGUGUGACUGGAAAGUGACCGUCUCCCCAGACUACGUCAUCGCCCUGGUCUUUAACACCUUUAACCUGGAGCCCGGCUAUGACUUCCUCCAUAUCUACGACGGACAGGACUCUCUCAGCCCGCUCAUAGGAAGCUUCUACGGCUCCCAGCUCCCAGGCCGCAUCGAAAACAGCAGCAACAGCCUAUUCCUUGCCUUCCGCAGCGACGCCUCUGUGAGCAAUGCGGGCUUCGUCAUCGACUACACAGGGGUCAUCAUCCGAGCCUCCGGCCACACUCCUGACUUCCCAGCUGUCCGUCCUCCCGCCCACUGCACCUUUGCAAGACGGUGCUGGCUAGCUCGGAGUUUCCCACCACAGACGGUGCUGGCUAACUCGGGGUUCACCACCGCAGACUGUACCAUGCUAGCUCGGGGUUUCACCACCACAGACUGUGCCAUGAUAGCUCGGGGUUCCCCACCGCAGACGCCGCCCCCGCUUGGUAAACCUAUCCCCACAUCCUUCCCCACAUGCCAGUCAGACGUUGUGAAGUUCCACAGGAAUGGCUUUACCCCAGCCUUCCUAGCCGGCGCCUCCCUGGUGGACUGUUUCGCCCCCUGUGGGGGACAGUAUGAGGGUUCGGACGGAGUGGUCUUGUCCCCUAACUACCCCCAGAACUACACCAGCGGACAGACCUGCUUGUACUUCGUCACCGUACCCACGGACUACGUGGUGUUCGGCCAGUUCGCCUUCUUCCACACGGCCCUCAACGACGUGGUGGAGGUGCAUGACGGCCACAGCCAGCACUCCCGGCUCCUCAGCUCCCUGUCGGGCUCCCACACAGGAGAGUCGCUGCCCUUGGCCACCUCCAAUCAAGUUCUCAUUAAGUUCAGCGCCAAAGGCCAGGCCCCAGCCAGAGGCUUCCACUUUGUCUAUCAAGCGGUGCCCCGGACCAGUGCCACGCAGUGCAGCUCGGUUCCCGAGCCCCGCUACGGCAGGAGGCUGGGCAGUGACUUCUCGGUGGGCGCCGUCGUCCGCUUCGAAUGCAGCUCAGGCUACGCCCUGCAGGGGUCCCCGGAAAUCCAGUGCCUCCCCGUGCCGGGGGCCUUGGCCCAGUGGAACGUCUCGGCACCAACGUGUGUGGUGCCGUGUGGAGGCAAUCUCACAGAGCGCAAGGGCACCAUCCUGUCCCCUGGCUUCCCAGAGCCCUACCUCAACAGCCUCAACUGCGUGUGGAAGAUCGUGGUCCCCGAAGGCGCCGGCAUCCAGAUUCAGGUCAUCAGCUUUGUCACAGAGCAGAACUGGGACUCCCUGGAAGUGUUCGACGGUGCGGACAACACCGUGACCAUGCUGGGGAGUUUCUCGGGGACAACCGUGCCUGCCCUCCUGAACAGCACCUCCAACCAGCUCUACCUGCACUUCUACUCAGACAUCAGCGUGUCUGCGGCCGGCUUCCACCUGGAGUACAAGACGGUGGGCCUGAGCAGCUGUCCUGAACCUGCCGUGCCCAGCAACGGGGUGAAGACCGGCGAGCGCUACCUGGUCAAUGAUGUGGUCUCCUUCCAGUGCGAGCCGGGAUAUGCCCUCCAGGGCCACGCCCACAUCUCGUGCAUGCCUGGAACCGUGCGGCGCUGGAACUACCCUCCUCCACUCUGCAUUGCGCAGUGUGGGGGAGCAGUGGAGGAGAUGGAGGGGGUGAUCCUGAGCCCUGGCUUCCCGGGCAACUACCCCAGUAACAUGGACUGCUCCUGGAAAGUAGCACUGCCCGUGGGCUUCGGUAAGUCUCUGCAGCCCCUCGGGAGAGGGACCUUCACGCCCAUCCUAUGGGCUGGCACCUACCGGACUUCUUCCUUCCCGAUCGGUCCUAACUUCCCAGAGUUGGGAAGACCCCGCGCAAGUUUCUCCCUCCCCGGCACCCGAUGUCUGUGGUCUCGGCCGAAGUCGCGAGAGUUAAAUGAGAUGGGCAGUGUGAAGCGACCUCAGCCAGUGCCUGGUCCCCAUACUGGACCAGGUCCUGCCCCGUCCUCAGAUAACUUUGUGACCUAUGAACUUCAAGAGUGCCCAGACCCAGAGCCCUUUGCCAAUGGCAUAGUGAGGGGAGCCGGCUACAACGUCGGGCAGUCGGUGACCUUCGAGUGUCUCCCAGGAUAUCAGCUGACUGGCCACCCUGUCCUCACAUGUCAACACGGCACCAACCGGAACUGGGACCAUCCCCUGCCCAAGUGUGAAGUGCCCUGUGGCGGAAACAUCAGCUCAUCCAACGGCACGGUGUACUCCCCGGGGUUCCCCAGCCCCUACUCCAGCUCCCAGGACUGCGUCUGGCUGAUCACCGUGCCGAUUGGCCAUGGCGUCCGCCUCAACCUCAGCCUGCUGCAAACAGAGCCCUCCGGAGACUUCAUCACCAUCUGGGAUGGGCCACAGCCGACGGCGCCACCACUCGGAGUCUUCACCCGCAGCUUGGCCAAGAAAAUGGUGCACAGCUCGUCCAACCAGGUCCUGCUCAGGUUUCACCGUGACGCGGCCAUGGGCGGGAUCUUCGCCAUCGCCUUCUCUGCUUAUCCACUCACCAAAUGCCCUCCUCCCACCAUCCUCCCCAACGCUGAAGUCGUUACAGAGAAUGAAGAAUUCAACCUAGGUGACAUCGUACGCUACAGGUGCCUCCCCGGCUUCACCCUGGUGGGGAGUGAGAUCCUGACCUGCAAACUUGGAACCCACCUGCAGUUUGAAGGCCCACCCCCAAUAUGUGAAGAAUCCAGCACACUCAGGACACCCGCCCACAGGACGUCUACAGUUAGUGCCACCUCUCCCGGGGCCGUGCUGGGGCCGCUCAUAACCCUCGUCAAGGGCACCGGGGCCGUGGUGGUGCCGCUCAUAACCAUCGUCAAGGGCACCGGAGCAGUGGUGGUGCUGCUCAUAACCAUCGUCAAGGGCACCGGGGCCAUGGUGGUGAUGCUCAUAACCAUCGUCAAGGGCACCGGGGCCGUGCUGGUGCCGCUCAUAACCAUCGUCAAGGGCACGCCUUUGUCGUACCGGGAGCCAGGCUCUGAGACAGCGUCUCCCCCAUCAGUUCCAGCCUACGAAGGCCAGCCAUUACAGCCCACCCCUCAGCGGCUCCUCGCCUCCUGGUGUCCUCCGGGCCCUGUUGGCCCCUCAGGACAAAGUCCUCUGCUGAAAGCCCUCAGCGGGAAUUACUCGGCUCCCCUGAUUGUCACCAGCUCAAGCAACUCUGUGUACCUGCGCUGGUCUUCUGACCACGCCUACAACCGGAAGGGAUUUAAGAUCCGCUAUUCAGCUCCAUACUGCAGCCUGCCCAGGGCUCCGCUCCAUGGCUUCGUCCUGGGCCAGACCAGCACCCAGCCCGGCGGCUCCGUCCACUUCAGCUGCAAUGCCGGCUACCGCUUGGUGGGACACAGCAUGGCCAUUUGUACCCGGCACCCUCAGGGCUACUACCUGUGGAGCGAGGCCAUCCCUCUCUGCCAAGCUCUUUCCUGCGGUCUCCCCGAAGCCCCCAAGAACGGGAUGGUGUUCGGCAAGGAGUACACGGUGGGAACCAAGGCCAUGUACAGCUGCAGCGAGGGCUACCACCUCCAGGCAGGCGCCGAGGCCACGGCAGAGUGCCUGGACACAGGCCUGUGGAGCAACCACAAUGUCCCCCCGCAGUGUGUCCCCGUGACGUGCCCGGAUGUCGGCAGCACCAGCGUGGAGCACGGCCGCUGGAGGCUGGUCUUCGAGACACAGUUCCAGUUCCAGGCCCAGCUGAUGCUCAUCUGCGACCCCGGCUACUACUACACGGGCCAGAGGGUCAUCCGCUGUCAGGCCGACGGCAAGUGGAGCCUCGGAGACUCUCUACCCACCUGCCAAAUUAUCUCCUGUGGAGAGCUCCCCAUCCCCCCCAACGGGCAUCGCAUCGGAACAUUGUCGGUCUAUGGGGCAACCGCCAUCUUCUCCUGCAAUUCCGGAUACACGCUGGUGGGCUCCAGGGUGCGGGAGUGCAUGGCCAAUGGGCUCUGGAGCGGCUCUGAAGUCCGCUGCCUUGCUGGGCACUGUGGGACUCCCGAGCCCAUAGUCAACGGACACAUCAACGGGGAGAACUACAGCUACCGGGGCAGCGUGGUGUACCAGUGCAACGCCGGCUUCCGCCUCCUCGGCAUGUCUGUGCGCAUCUGCCAGCAGGACCACCGCUGGUCGGGCAAGACCCCUUUCUGUGUGCCAAUUACCUGCGGACACCCAGGCAACCCCAUCAAUGGCCUCACUCAGGGCAACCAGUUUAACCUCAACGACGUGGUCAAGUUUGUUUGCAACCCCGGGUUUGUGGCUGAAGGGGCUGCUAGGUCCCAGUGCCUGGCCAGCGGUCAGUGGAGUGGCGUGCUGCCCACCUGCAGAAUCCUCAACUGUACGGACCCGGGGCACCAGGAGAACAGCGUCCGGCACGUCCACACCAGCGGCCCGCACGGGUUCAGCUUUGGCACCACCGUGUCUUACCAGUGCAGCCACGGCUUCUACCUGCUGGGCACCCCGGUGCUCAGCUGCCAGGGGGACGGCACGUGGGACCGCCCCCGCCCCCAGUGCCUCUUGGUGUCCUGCGGCCACCCCGGCUCCCCGCCGCAUGCCCAGAUGUCCGGAGACAGCUUCACGGUGGGAGCCGUCGUGCGCUACAGCUGCACGGGCGAGCGAACUCUGGUGGGAAACGCCACCCGUAUGUGCGGGCUGGACGGACACUGGACCGGCUCCCUCCCCCACUGCUCAGGAACCAGCGUGGGAGUUUGUGGUGACCCUGGGAUCCCGGCCCAUGGCAUCCGUCUGGGGGACAGCUUUGCCCCCGGCAGUCUGAUGCGCUUCAGCUGUGAAGCUGGCCACGCCCUCCGGGGAUCGUCGGAGCGGACCUGCCAGGCCGACGGCGCAUGGAGCGGCACACAGCCUGAGUGUGGAGUGAUCUCCUGCGGGAACCCCGGGACACCGAGCAAUGCCCGCGUCUUGUUCAGUGACGGCCUGGUGUUCUCCAGCUCCAUCGUCUACGAGUGCCGGGAAGGCCACUACGCCACAGGCCUGCUCAGCCGGCACUGCUCCGUCAACGGCACCUGGACAGGCAGUGACCCCGAGUGCACAGUCAUAAACUGCGGCGACCCUGGGGUUCCCGCCAACGGCCUCCGGUUGGGUGACGACUUCAGGUACAACAAAACCGUGACGUACCAGUGUGUCCCUGGCCACACGAUGGAGUCACACAAGGGGUCUGUGCUGAGCUGCACCAAGGACCGGACGUGGAACGGCACCAAGCCUGUCUGCAAAGCUAUCAUGUGCAGGCCGCCUCCGCUCAUCCCCAACGGGAAGGUGGUGGGCUCCGACUUCACGUGGGGCUCGAGCGUGACUUACGCCUGCCUGGAGGGCUACCGGCUGUCCCUGCCCGCGAUGCUCACCUGCGAGGGAAACGGAUCCUGGACCGGAGAGCUGCCCCAGUGUUUCCCGGUGUUCUGCGGAGAUCCUGGCGUCCCACCCCGCGGGAGGAGAGAGGACCGAGGCUUCUCCUACAGGUCGUCUGUCUCCUACUCCUGCCAUCCGCCUCUGGUGCUGGUGGGCUCUCCACGGAGAUUUUGCCAGUCGGAUGGGACGUGGAGUGGCACGCAGCCCAGUUGCAUAGACCCAACUCUGACCACAUGCGCAGACCCUGGCGUGCCGCAGUUCGGGAUACAGAACAGUUCCCAGGGCUACCAGGUGGGAAGCACCGUGCUCUUCCGUUGUCAGAAGGGUUACCUGCUUCAGGGCUCCACCACCAGGACCUGCCUGCCCAACCUGACCUGGAGCGGAACCCCACCUGACUGUGUCCCCCACCACUGCAAGCAGCCAGAGACGCCCACCCAUGCCAACGUCGGGGCCCUGGACUUGCCCUCCAUGGGCUACACGCUCAUCUACUCCUGCCAGGAGGGCUUCUCCCUCAAGGGUGGCUCCGAGCACCGCACCUGCAAAGCAGAUGGCAGCUGGACGGGCAAGCCACCCAUCUGCCUGGAGGUUCGGCCCAGUGGAAGACCCAUCAACACUGCCCGGGAGCCACCACUCACCCACGUCUCUGUUCCUGGGGAUGUUUUUGCCAAGAAUUCGCUGUGGAAAGGGGCCUAUGAGUACCAGGGGAAGAAGCAGCCAGCCAUGCUCAGAGUGACUGACUUCCAGGUGGCCAACAGCAAGGUCAACGCCACCAUGAUCGACCACAGCGGCGUGGAGGUGCACCUGGCUGGAAUUUACAAGAAAGAAGAUUUCCACCUCCUCCUCCAGGUUUACCAGAUUACGGGGCCCCUGGAGACCUUUGUGAAUAAGUUCAGAGAUGAUCACUGGGCGUUAGACGGACAUGUCUCCUCGGAGUCCUCUGGAGGAACCUUCGUCUACCAAGGCUCUGUCAAGGGCCAAGGCUUCGGACAGUUCGGAUUUCAGAGACUUGACCUCAGGCUGCUGGAGUCGGACCCCGAGGCCAUCGGCCCCCGACUCCCCGUGGGCGCCGCCAUCCUGGUGCCUUUCAUCGCCCUCAUCAUCGCGGGCUUCGUGCUCUAUCUCUACAAGCACAGGAGAAGACCCAAAGUUCCCUUCAAUGGCUAUGCCGGCCACGAGAACACGAACGUGCGAGCCACGUUUGAGAACCCGAUGUACGACCGCAACAUCCCGCCCACGGACAUCAUGGCCAGCGAGGCGGAGUUCACGGUCAGCACGGUGUGCACCGCCGUAUAGCCGCUGGCGCCGCCGCCGCAGCCCCGCCUCCAGCAGCCGUUCCCAGGGGCAGGACCCAGCCCGGAGCGCAGUGCCCUUCCUCGUCCGUCUCUCCGCCUGUGUCUGCUACUGCUGGGACCCGGCCCUCGCCCUGCCACCAUCUGCGCGCCACCCUGGAGAGGACUCCUGCGAUGCCCUGCCCUGGGACAGUGAAGGAAGAGGGGCUGCAGGGGAGGAGGAAAGUUCAUGGAUUCCGAAUAGCAGCGUGCGGAGGAGGGCGAGUGUGCGCCCCCUGAGCACACGCACACACUCCUUCGUUGGCUCCUGGGAGAGGAACCAUAAGGGCGUAAAAGAGGAUAGUGCGUGUGACAGACGCCCCAUGUGCUCUGCCCCACAGACACAGAGGAGAGACGGCAGAGGAGGCAACUCAGCCUUCAGACCAGCAGCCCCGCCCGUCCUGUGUGCGGGCACCGGCACCGGGGUGUACCAGUAAAACGCACCCCCUCUGUGGUCAAAAAGCAGGACCCGGCUGUCUGCCGAAGGGCCGUCCCCUCAGCACAGUGACAGCAAGGACUGCUCCAAGGGCAGGGAAAACCUCCUCAGAAGUAGUUUGGAGAUCAGUUUACUUUUUCAAACAUCAUUUAAUUGAGUCGUAAGCCCAGUGAAUUAAAAAGUCAUGGUGUCUGGGCAGCACCCAGAAAGGACGCGUCAGGGAUCUGGCCAGGAGCCUGAGGCCGAGUCUGUGGCCCAGACAGAGAAGCCAGGUCUGGAGACAGCAGGCAGGUGCUGGACAGGGCAAGGGAGCAAGCCUGCGCGGCACCCAGGAAACCACAGCUACCGCACCCCCAGUUGCUUCUCUGUGCCUGCCACUCCAUGGCUGUUUCUAGACCCAUCUUACAGAAGCAGGCAGAGGCCUGGCAAAGGGAAGAGCCACGAGCUGCAGAGUUCAUAAGAACAGUCAGAAUGCAGACCAGAUUAGUCCCACCCCAAGCCCACUAGAGCCGCUGCCAGACACGCAGGGCUCGGGAGGCGGUGAAGACAAGGUGGAGCGGGCGGGUCUCUGCUGUGCCACGGUGGCUGGUCUGGCCUGCCAGGCACCGCGCCUGUGUGUCCAUAGGCCACGUCAUGGAAAGGCCCAGUCCCCCAGGCUUCCUGUGGUUGGUGCUGGCCCUUGGCUGCAGCAGCCCCUGAGCAGCAGACAAGGAUCUGGCAGUGCUCGCAUCAAAUAACGGAGGGGAUGGGAGUCUCUCCAGCUCCUUGCAAGUGGGUUUGAUCUGUGUUGACAGUGUCAUUGUGCAUGGGUUAUGAGUGAGUUCCUAUGAGGAUUGUUGGGAAGCUGGAGAGUUUAGGACUCAGAGAUGGCAUUGAGAACCUCCGUCUCUGUCCUCGGGAAGUGGGAAGCGCCUGGGCCCGUGUGACGUGCUGGCCUCUGACAUUCAUGCAAAAUACGGAAAUAGCAGCUAGAACCCUGUGGGAGCAGAGGGGCAGGGCCACCUGGUUCUUAAGCAAACGCUGGACGGGGACAAGGAGCAGACUUGGCUGACAUUAAGACUGGCUAGCAGAAAGUGAGAGGUGCCCCUUCCCAGCAGACACGGAGACUGGCGAUGGCAGCAGCUCACCUCUGCUCACAUCUCCGGGAUGUGGCAUCCCUGGGCAUGGCACAGAGGUCCAGUCCUGACAAACACGCUCACAAGCUCGCCUUCUUUCCCUGGAAACAAAAGCAGAAAGCUCUUCGGCUGCUCCUUCCCCCUGGUACUCCUCUCAGACCACCCAAGGGACUCCUCCUCUAGGCCGGUCUCCACUCCCUCCCCGUGUCUUCUUGUAAGUCUCACAAGAUACCCGAGGGAUGCCCGCUGGUGGGGCACCCAGCACUCUGCUGUAAUCACCUGCUCCCACCUCUGGCUUUUUCUCUCCACCUGCAGAGGCCUGGAAGGGAAUGGGGCAGAUUAGGCCCUUCCCCCACCAUUCACAUCAUACACCCACCACCAUCCCAUGAGGGGAAAAAAAAAAGUAAAACAAAAACAACAAAAAAAUCUUUUGUACAGAGAUAUAUU